GGAUCGAGCUCGGUUUUCCUUAGAAGAGAGAGAAUUCAGCUAGAUCUCUAGUUCUCUUGAGAGACGUUCCAGAAUUUUCUCAAGCGGCCUCACACGCCAAGCCCAUUAUGAUCGCGCGCUUUUUUCCAGAUUCUGAGGGCCGCGGCCACUAGGCAGGAGCAGUUCUUGUCUCCGCGCUUCUCAUUCGGUCUCUGAGAGUCCCUAGUCCCGCCUCCUAGAGUAAGGAAGGCCCCCUAUUGGACUCUUUACAUUUCUGCUUGCUCCUCGGCGCGUGAUUGGAAAAAAAAAAAAAAAAAGGACACUUGAGAGUAUCCAGUUUAGGAGGGCAAGAGCCCUCCCUUCCCCCCAAAGUAGGUAAACAAAUCUCAAGACAAGCGAAAACCCAAAAAGUAGAUAAGAGGGUACGCUCGGAACUGAAAGGAAGUCAACCCAAGGGAACCGGAUUCCUGAAGAAGUAGUGACGCCGCCACUAGCUGCUUCGGCUAGUUCGGGCUCUCUGAUGGCCGCAGCGGUGGACUUUAAAACUCAUGUAGAUCAGGCUUGUCGUGCAGCUGAGGAAUUUGUCAACAUUUACUAUGAGACAAUGGACAAAAGAAGACAGGCACUCACCAGACUCUAUUUGGACAAAGCUACUUUAAUUUGGAAUGGAAAUGUUGUGACAGGAUUGGAUGCUCUGGCCAAUUUUUUUGAUAUGUUGCCUUCUAGUGAGUUCCAGGUCAAUAUGUUAGAUUGUCAGCCAGUUCACGAGCAAGCUACUCAGGCCCAAACUACCAUUCUUGUUGUGACCAGUGGAACCGUGAAAUUUGAUGGAAACAAACAACAUUACUUCAACCAGAAUUUCCUGCUGACUGCGCAGUGCACUCCAAGCAACACUGUAUGGAAGAUUGCAAGUGAUUGUUUCCGUUUUCAAGAUUGGGCUAGUAGCAAUUAAAGCAGGCAAAAUUUCAUACUGUAUUUGUUCAUUAAUUUUAGACAGAUUUAUGUUAAUUCAUUUUAGGUGGAAGCACAAUACACUAAUAUGUGCUACAGAUAGAGUUGUUUAAUGCUUCUUAUUAUUAUCUUUUCUAGCUGCUAAUAGUUUAAUUGUUGCCCUAAAGAGCUUUAAUGUUAAUUUUUACAUGCCUUACAUACAUUCCACUAAUGACAUUCUUAUAGUGAUAUUAAACACAUUGUCUCUGUAUUAACAUAUUCACUGUGAGCCUAAACUUAAAUCCUUUGACAACAUGGUAUAAUCAGCACAAAGUAGCUCUGGGAGGAUGUAUUUUUUCCCAAAUAAGUUCAGCAGAAACAUUUCUUUCUUUUAGGUAUGUAUAACUACUCUGACAUUAAAAUCACAUGUCGAGAGAUGUUCAGAAGUCUUUGCCAUGUUAAGAAGCUUUUGUAUUGGCAUGUUUUUAUAUAAAGUGAAUUAAUCUACUAACGAGCUAUAGAUUUUUCUUUGUUGAUACCUGAGUAUAUGAUAUACUCAAUAAAUCUAAAAGUAAAAUUUCUUUAAAAGACUUUUUCUUGGCAGCUGCAAGUCUAUAAAUCUAUAACUAUGUAAUAUGUGGUAGUAGGACAAAUAGCUUUAAUGGGAGAAUGAGGAAUGAAAACAGUAGUGAUCCAGGGUUGGCCAAAUGGUAAGACUUUGGUACUUAUUUUCUACCUCCUAAAAAUGUAUCCUCUAUUUUUGGAAUUUAAGUCAGUGAGGUAAUAAACAUCCUUACCAAAUGGUCAUGAAUGUCACUUUUCUUCUAAGAAUGAGUUUUUAAGGUUUCUUUCCAAUUCACUUCAUAAUUAUCAGCAAUAUGUGUAUCUCAUUUUUUUCAAGAACUUUUGGGAAUAAAAUACCAGCAAUAAGUCUAACUUUGCAGCAGUUCUGGUAAGAAAGUUGGAAACAAAGCCCAGGAUACCAUUUAACUUUAGUCUUCCAUGUGAACCUCAGGCCAAAAGUCCCCUAUGUAUACCCAUCUCCAAAGUAAGUGAACUAACUAGUCCUUGCAUUAACUCAUUUAAAGUGGCUAAAGCUGAAGUAACUUCAUUGUACGACUUGUUUUUUGUUUGUGUUUGUUUUUUAUUUUGAUUUUUUGCAAGAGUACUGCUAACCUUUUGGAUUAUGGUGAUGCAUUGGGUGUAAAACAUUUUCUGCAUUAUACUAGCUCCUCAGUCCUGUCUGAAUUUUUUUUCAUAUGGCCUCGAGAAAAUUGAUCUGUUCCAAACCAUACUGUAUAGCUACUAUUUUAUCUUUUUUAGAAAUAUGUAACAGCAAAUCUUCAUUUCAUAAACUUCAAGAAGAAAAGCAUUUUAUAUAUCUAUCUAUAUGGAAAGAAACCUUAGCUUUGGAUUUUGGUAAAACUUGAAAUUCCAUUCUUGAAUUUAUUGUUCUUACGCUAUAUGAGCCAGUUUUCUUUCUACAUUGCAUUUCAGAAAUAAUUUUUCUUAGCACUUUAGCAACCAAAAAGUCACUUAUUUACUCUUGUCCUAAACUAUAUAUUUUGGCAUGCUAACAAAAUAGAGUGGGAAGAGGUGGAACUGAAGUUUAGAAUAUACUUUCUUAAAAUUUUGGUCCCAACUUACAUAUUGUAUUUUAUUCAAAGUAAACUUACUCUAAUUGUGGAUUGGCUUUUUAAAACUACAACUUUAAAAGCAACAAUUAGACUGUCCAAUCAUUGAAUUUUACAUAAUGGAGAGAAGUCUCAAGUAAAAGCUGCAUAUAACUGAGUUUAGUGGUUAUAUACUAUUCACAAAUUAAUGUUUUGAGACUUGUAUAUGAACUGCUUUUUCCAAACUCUGUAUAAAUUUUAAAUGACUGGAACUACUCUUAUAAGGACAAGAUUGUAUUUUUGAAGUGCACAUAUUUUUGUAAGUUGAAAAAAAAAUAAAAUUAGCUUUGUGA